AAUUUUCCCUUUUAUUUCAGCAUCACUUGGGAAGCCUGGCAACACCGAAGCACGCACGGAGGUGGCCAUUUUUCGGGAGACCAGGAAGUGCGUGAGUGUUUUCCAAGCCCGCCCGCUAUGGCAGGCGAUGAGAGGGACUACAACCUGACCGAGGAGCAGAAGGCCAUCAAAGCCAAGUACCCUCCGCUGCAGAAGAAGUACGAGUAUCUGGAUCACACAGCAGAUGUGCAGCUACAUGCCUGGGGAGAUACCCUGGAAGAAGCGUUUGAGCAGUGUGUUAUGGCCAUGUUUGGCUACAUGACUGAUACAGAGACUGUGGAACCUCUGGAUACUGUGGAAGUACAUGCAGAAGGACACGAUAUGCUGUCUCUUCUCUUUCACUUCCUGGACGAGUGGCUCUAUAAAUUCAGUGCUAAUGAGUUCUUUAUACCCAGGGAGGUGAAAGUGCUUCAUAUUGACCGAACGCAAUUCAAAAUAAGAUCAAUAGGGUGGGGAGAAGAGUUCUCUUUACCUAAACACCCUCAGGGUACAGAAGUCAAAGCCAUAACUUACUCAGCAAUGCAAAUCUGUGAAGAAGAGAAGCCAGAAGUCUUUGUCAUCAUUGAUAUUUAAAGAAAAGUGUAAUGAAAUGACA